ACACAGCCCGUGUACACUGUAACUUGUAAGUAUUAAAGAACAGUAAAAAAAACCCAUUUGUGUACAUAUUAAUAAAGGGUCUUAUCAAGGUUCUUCAAAUAAGGAAUGGAAAGGAAAAUCUGUGUGAACUUGUUAUUACAUUUUUGACAGACUUUGAUAAGCAUAAUAACAAUUCUAUAUAGUUGACAAAAGAAAAAAAAAAAACAACAACAAUGAGUUUUUUUAGCAAAGUAUUUGGUGGUAAAAAAGAGCCAACUGGUCCAACAACCUCAGAGGCAAUACAAAAAUUACGUGAAACCGAGGAGAUGCUUAUUAAAAAACAAGAUUUUCUUGAAGGUAAAAUAACUCAAGAAAUUGUAACUGCAAAGGCAAAUGGCACUAAAAAUAAAAGAGCUGCAAUUCAAGCACUCAAACGUAAAAAACGUUAUGAAAAACAGCUCCAACAGAUUGAUGGAACAUUAUCAACAAUUGAAAUGCAAAGAGAAGCUCUAGAGAGUGCCAAUACAAACACAACUGUUUUACAAACAAUGAAAAAUGCAGCUGAUGCUCUUAAAUCAGCUCAUCAACAUAUGGAUGUUGAUCAAGUUCACGAUAUGAUGGAUGAAAUUGCUGAGCAACAAGAUGUUGCUAAAGAAAUAUCAGAUGCAAUUUCAAACCCAGUUGCAUUUGGUAAUGAUAUUGAUGAAGAUGAACUCGAGAAAGAACUUGAAGAUCUUGAACAAGAAGCCCUUGAUGAAGAAUUACUUGGUGUACAAGAAACACCUGAUCUUCCACCUGUUCCAUCAUCCACUGACUUUGAUAAACAAUCCAAAAAAACAAAAGCAACAUCAAAACCAGUUGAAGAGGAUGAAGCCCUUAAAGAACUUGAAGCUUGGGCAUCGUAACUCUGUUACUCAUAAAUAAAAUCUUUUCAUUUUUAUUUAAAAAAAUAAAAUAAUUAUUUUGUAUGAAAAGUGCUGGUUCAUAGUGUAAUUUUAAUUGGCUAAAUGUUAUUGAUUAAUAAACUUGCACUCUUAUUCGUUUAUUGCUUACAUAAUAAAUGCUCUAUAUUAUGCUUUAUUAA